AUGUCUUUUGCUAGCCUAGCACUAGUUCCAGAUGAGUUUCUCCUCACUCUCACACCUGCAGAAGAUAUGGAUAUAUCUGUACCAACCUUAACCAACUCACCCUCCUUAGACACCAACAUGAUUAGUACUCCUCUUCCAGAAAUAAGCAACACACAGGCAUUGAAUAGCUCAGAGGCAAUAGACACAUAUGAACACUCUUAUGA